AUGUUUGAAUGCAGCGUGACAUCUUCAUUCGCAAUGGAAAAUCUCGAUUUGGGCUUGGUUCUGGUUGCCACUCCGAUCGAUAGCUCUGAUUUGACACGAUCUGCACCACCAGCAGCACCACACAAGACUGUUACUACCAGAUCUGCAGAAAAAGGUCCCAGAAGAUCACUAACUUUUGAUUCUUCUUUGGAGAAUGAAACGUUUCGUGUUAUAAAGCGCAAAUGGAUCUCAAAGGCUAACUGGACUGAACAGAUGGUUGCACAGUUGCCUAAACUCUUUGACAGUCUUUUGGAGAUCUUUCUAGCACACCCAGACCCAGUCAUGUCAAAAAAGGAGCUUGUGCAAAUAUUAAUCUCACACCAUUUGGAAGCGGCUGAAGAAAGUAAGUGUUUUCAUGAUCAUGGUAUAAACAUUUCUAUCAUGAAAGCCCAAAUCUAA